ACUUUUGGGGUCGAUUGUAUGGAAAUUAGGAGAGUAUGGGAUUUUGUCUCUUUUCUUCCUUGCAUUUUCUUUUUUCUUUUAACUGCAUAAUUAUCAAUAGGCAACACUGGGAAAAUUUAGAGUCAAAAGGACUUACUUCCAAUCACUUGCUUUCUAUUCACUGCAGACGAAGCUACUUAUUGUGAGAGACACUUCUGAUUGAAUUUAUCUUUUGUGCAAAAGAAAAUGUUUUAGUGCCAAAGUGUUAGAAAAAGUGCAUCGAUUUAUUUAAUUCAUAAAGUGUGGCCGUGUUGUUUUCAUUGAAAAAAAAAUCAAUAUGGGUUGGUUUCACUAUCUCUUUGUGGAGUGUGGUGAUCCACGGGUCUACAAUUGGCCUUUAAUGCAAUCACCUCUUGGUAUAUUUGCCAUCAUCGCCAUUUAUUUGUGUACGGUAUUAAAAUGGGGACCAGAGUUCAUGAAGUCUCGACGGCCGUACGAUUUGAAAAUCAUUAUUGCCGCCUACAAUUUUAGCAUGAUUGUGAUGUGCUCUUGGGUUAUUUAUUCAUACCACCAAGUGGGUUUUUCCUUUAGCACCUUCAUGUCCUGCCAUGAGAUGGAUUUCUCAGUGACUCCCACACUAAUGAGAGCCCUCAACAUCACGUGGUUUGUGAUGAUGUGCAAAGUAAUUGAGCUCGUGGAUACGGUAUUUUUUGUCCUACGCAAAAAGCAAAAGCAGGUGUCUGUUCUCCAUGUCUACCAUCAUGCCAGCACGCUCUUCCUCUGUUGGUUAGCAGUCAAGUAUGUUGGAACUGGAAUAGCCCUCUUCUCAAUCCUCCUCAACUCUGUCGUACACGUCCUCAUGUACUCGUACUACUUCCUAUCCAUCUUCCAGAGCCUUCAGAAACGAUUACGACCAAUAAAACCCUACAUCACCGUGAUACAAAUGGUGCAAUUCACAAUAAUCCUGAUUCACAUUGCCAUCACUGCCUACUACAAUUGCACACUACCAACAGCAAUCCUGGCCAUGUACUUCCCCAAUGUAAUAGUUAUCUUUUACAUGUUUUACAAAUUUUUUGAGCGCUCUUACGUGCGCAAUAAAGGCAAAAAGUAGUGUCC